GCUGACAGUGCUGCUGAGUGAGGGAGUGGGUACUGCAAGCCGCGGGGCUGCACACGCGCGCGCACACACACACACACACGCACACCGAUGCACACGGACCUCGACACCGACAUGGACACGGACACAGAAACCACAGCACUCUGCCCCUCCGGCAGCCACCGGGCCUCCCCCCCAGGGACGCCCACACCAGAAACAGAUGCCUCACUGCUGAAGCAGCCAGAGAAGCUGUUGGCAGGGUUGGACCGGGGUGGGCCACCCCCUGCCCCAGGGGCCCCCAGACGAAGAGGCAGUAUGCCUGUCCCCUACAAGCACCAGCUGCGGCGCGCCCAGGCCAUAGAUGAACUUGACUGGCCACCUCAAGCCUCAUCCUCUGGUUCCUCGGACUCCUUGGGCUCAGGGGAGGCAGGCCCCACCCAAAAGGAUGGCAUCUUCAAGGUCAUGCUGGUAGGGGAGAGCGGCGUGGGCAAGAGCACCCUAGCAGGCACUUUCGGUGGUCUCCAGGGAGACAGUGCUCAUGAGCCGGAGAACCCAGAGGACACCUAUGAAAGACGCAUCAUGGUGGAUAAGGAGGAAGUGACUCUAGUUGUUUAUGACAUCUGGGAACAGGGGGACGCAGGGGGGUGGCUGCGGGACCACUGCCUUCAGAUCGGGGAUGCCUUUCUCAUCGUCUUCUCAGUCACCGACCGACGAAGCUUCUCCAAAGUUCCAGAGACCCUACUUAGGCUGCGGGCUGGGAGGCCCCACCACGACCUCCCUGUCAUCCUCGUUGGAAACAAGAGCGACCUGGCCCGCUCCCGGGAGGUCUCACUGGAGGAGGGCCGCCACCUGGCAGGGACCCUGAGCUGCAAGCACAUCGAGACGUCGGCCGCGCUGCACCACAACACGCAGGAGCUCUUCGAGGGCGCGGUGCGCCAGAUCCGGCUGCGGCAGGGCCGGAGCCGCGCCGGGGGCCCGCGGCCCGAGUGGGGCUGCCCCGACGGCCCCCCGCCGCCCGCGCGCCGCGAGAGCCUCACCAAGAAGGCCAAGCGCUUCCUGGCCAACCUGGUGCCGCGCAACGCCAAGUUCUUCAAGCAGCGCUCCAGGUCGUGUCACGACCUCUCCGUGCUCUGAGCCGCGGUCGCCAUGGUCACCGCGGUCGCCAUGGUCACCGCGCCCUCCGCUCGCCCCUUCGCCCCGCCCCGCCCCCGUCCGCCCUGCGCAGACCGUCUAGGAAACCAAAAACGCCCAGGGCGCGCAGCCGCCGGCGCGCGUCGCCCCCAGCCCCGCCACCGCGCGUGCCCUGGCUACCUCCCGGCCCCUGAGCGCCUAGAAGGCGAGGACGCAGACCUGCGGGCGGGCGCGCUGCGGCCGGAGGACCAGGCGGCUUCUGGAGGGCAGGACGGGCUAUAGUUCCGCGAACCAUUUUGACUUUUAUUAAGUCACGCUUGACCACCUCUCCUGUAAAGAGAUCCUAAAAGCGAGAACUGGAAAAGUGCUUUUAGACCCCUUUCCAGUUCACCUUUGUACUCUGCGCCGAUACGCCUCACCUUUAAGAAAUCCUUAAAGGUAAAGACACGGAGACGCUUCUUUGAGACUUUUCCUAAAACGUGCUGGCUCUUAGUUGCUGCACUUGUCCACUUUGCCUUUAAGAAGUUCUUAAAGGCAAGGGCCUGGAAGUGCUGUUUUUCAGAAUUGAUUAUGUGAUUCACCACCACACCGCGGCACUUCCCUUUUAAGGUUAUUAAAGGUAAGGUUUGGACAGACUUUUGCCUUCAGAUGCCAUUGUGAAGAGCUGAGCAGGUGGUACCGCCCCUUUUGGCCAGGGCCCAGGAGGCCCCAGCAAGGGAGCCACCCUUCCCUUUUCA